AUGUAUGUCCCUUCGCUCCAUAUUUUAGUAGUUUAUUACCAUGUAGAAGUGAUCGGUGGAAAAGAAAAACAACAACUAAGUAUGGCUGCAGCAAAUCUUGAAUUGUUUCCGCCAUGCUUAGUUUUUCAAGAUGAACACGAUAAUGCUCAUCAGCAUGAACAUUUUCGUGACGGUUUAACUGUUCGUUCCUAUAAAUUCCUAAAACUUUUCAAUUCAAAAUCAGUAAAAUUAUUUACUUGUUUUCUUGGAAUAUUUGUUUCCUAUCUUAUUUUUGGUAUUGUACAAGAAUCAAUAGUCAAAGGAACCUAUGGAAAACAUGACAAAUUUACAUUUAUUUUAUCGCUUGUUUUUUUUCUAUGUGUCUUUAACGCAGUUGUAUCAAAAAUAAUUUUGAUAUUCUGUAAAAGUCAUCGAGAUUCAACACCUUCGAAAAUGUAUGCAUUCUCAUCAUUUACAUAUUUAUUUGCAAUGCUUUCAAGUAAUUAUGCUUUAGAAUUCGUUAGUUAUCCAAUGCAGGUUUUAGGCAAAUCAGUGAAGCCUGUUCCAGUAAUGUUAUUAGGUGUACUAGUAGCUAGAAAACGAUAUCCGUUAGAGAAAUACUUUUAUGUUUUAUUAAUUGUACUUGGAGUGGUUUUAUUUAUGUACAAAGAACCUAAAGAGACAACGAAAAUAAUUGAAGCAGGUGAAAUAUUUGGUAUUGGGGAAUUUCUUUUGUUUGUUUCGCUUGUCUUCGAUGGUCUGACGGGUGGAAUACAAGAUAAAAUUCGUGAUAAGCAUAAAGUACAAGCUUAUCAUAUGAUGUUUGCAAUGAAUACCUGGUCGUGUCUAUGGGCAUCGAUAGGCAUAAUUGCAACGGGUGAAUUUUAUAGUUUAAUUGAAUUCCUUAAAACAUAUCCAUAUGUUAUUUCCAAUAUAUUUUUACUCGGUAUAACUGGUGCAAUGGGUCAAAAUUUUAUUUUUCUCACUAUUGAAUGGUUUGGCCCGCUGACAUGCUCAAUUUUUACGACGACGCGUAAAUUUUUUACAAUACUAUGUUCAAUAUUAAUCUUCGGAAAUCCAAUAACAUUCCGGCAAAUGUGUGGAACAGUACUAGUUUUUCUUGGGCUUUUUCUUGAGCAAUUGUAUGGAAAGAAAAGAAAUUAA